UAUCCAUCAGCAGAUCAGAGGAGGUCAGAGGCAGACCGUGGCUGUUAUCACAGUCUAGUAGGUGCCAGGUGGUGUUCAGACGUCCACAGCUCCAGCAGAAAGAGAAGGGUAACAUGGGAUUUAACAGAGGGAUUUCAGCGCUGGUUUUACUGCUGACGUUUCUCUGGGCGAUUGGCUCACAGACACUUGCAUGCCAGACCCCAGAGCUGAAGUGUGACUUUGUUUGUGACUGUACAGACUGCAUCGAUGAAAACGGCUGUGGCUACAGAGGGAUGGACUUUGUGUGUGACUUUGAGGACCCAGAUGUGUGUGGCUGGCAGGACCAGUCCUUGGAGAAGGCCUACUCCUGGGAGAGGCGUCAGAGAGGGGACACACUGCCAGACAGCGGACCCUCCUCAGACUUCACCAUUGGGACAGCCACAGGUUGGUUUAUGGGAGUGACCGAAGUGAAGGCACAUUCUCCCAGCACUGCAGUGAUGGCAUCUCCAAUGAUGAAACAGUCUUCACCCUCAUGCCGAAUGCACCUCAGAUACUUCCUCUGGGACCCAGGGUUCACAGGAAUGGGGCCUGCCCCACUGUGGGCAUCUGUGUAUAGGGAGGACAGCACCCAGCAGGCAGUGGUGUGGCGUCCUGAGAGCACCAGCGUGCGUGGCUGGAGGGAGGCAACCGUCUUCCUGGGACGCAUCCCCACCACCUUCCAGAUCCGCCUCCACUCCCAACGCACCGAGGGGCGCCGCGGAGACGUGGCUAUAGACCAGCUGCAGUUCUUCGACUGUGCCCUGCCUUUGCCAGUCCCAGGGGAGUCGUGUGCUGCAGGGUUACUGCAGUGUAACAGGGAGGGCUGUGUGGAGCAGCGUCAGGUCUGUGACGGCACUGAUGACUGUGGUGACAAAACUGAUGAGCAGAAUUGUGGAGGCUACUGGGGCUGUGACUUUGAGGAAGGAGUGUGUAACUGGGACCUGAGGACUGUCUCCACUAGUCUGAAGUGGACAAGGACCAGUCAGGCCAAUAUCUCCACGACAGACCCUUUUAAAGGACCUGGUAGAGACCAUUCCGACAAUACUGCAUCGGGUCACUUCCUGUAUGUCACUGUACCUGAAGGCGGGCUCAUAUCUGAUUGGACAUCCUUUCAAAGCCCUUUACUGGAACCAACCAACAGCACACAUCCUUGCAAGAUGGUGAUGUACAGCCACCAGUUUGGGCCAAGGUCUGGAGGCCUGUCUGUGCUGGUGGCAAACACUGAGAUCUACCCGGUGUGGCAGAGGGGGGGUGCCCUAGGGGACCUCUGGGUCAAGGCUGAGGCGGAGAUCAUUAGCAACACCAGCUUCCAAAUUGUGUUUGUGGCUGCGAUCCGGGACGAGGAGUAUGGAGGGGUUGCUAUAGAUAGCAUUACGAUGUCUCCUAACUGCCGUCUCUCUAAAGGAAAUUUCACAUUAGCAAAUUUCCCCAAACCUCCUGGGCAUCCUUGCACUAGCGAUACCAGUAAGAUCUGUGACUUUCGUGAAGACUGUGCGGAUAAAGAUGACGAGGCCAAGUGCGGGGACUUCUCCUAUGAGAAGGGCAGCUCUGGAUGGACAGACAGCAGCAUUGGAAGUCAGCAGUGGGUGCUGAAUGACACCCCCAAAGACAAGUACCUGUUUUUAGCUGAAGCCCCAGGGCAGCAGUUAACUGAGGCCCAGACACACACCCCUCUCCUGGGCCCCUCGGGGCCAGCCUGCACGCUCAACUUCUCCUACUCCUUGACCAGCAAGAGCAAUCACACCGGUGAGCUGUCCAUCCGGGUGAUUGACAGUCUGUUGGGCAUUCUGCCCAGGCUGUGGGAGUUCAGUGGGAAAACAGGAUCUGUAGAGGGGGUGUACCAGCAGGCGCAGGUGUACAUCGGAGCCAGGGAUCACCGCUUCCAGAUUGAAUUUGUGGCUCGUGCUAGGAAGUUGUGCCCAUGUGCCAGAAUAUCUGUGAAGGAUGUUCGUUUCAUCAACUGUCAUGCUCAGUAUUUCCCAUCCUCUCCCACAGCUCUGUCAUGUAACUUCGAAGAGGGACUGUGUGGCUGGUACCAGGAUCAAGCGGACAACUUUGACUGGAGCCUGCUCACAGGGAUGGACCAUUCCAUUGGCGUCGGUAAAAGCCUUGCUGUAGACGUAUGGAGCCCCUUGUUACGGGGUGUGUCUGGCCGUCUGUUAUCGUACGGUCAGCCAGGCACCCCCGGACAUCACUGCCUGUCCUUCUAUUAUAAGCUCUACGGGCCUGAGACCGGUGCACUCAGUGUUAAGAUGCGUGAUGCCUACGGCGGUGAGAGUCUGCUAUGGAGCCGCAGCGGUGCCCAUGGCAACUUCUGGCAUGAGGGACACUGUCCACUAUCUGAGCAGCUAACUAGCUUCCAGCUGAUAUUUGAAGCAGUGCGCUCCGGCUUUGACGGGCGGGUUGCACUAGAUGACGUGGCGUUUGUGAACGGCCCAUGCACCGUACCCAAUAAGUGCUCCUUUGAAGGCCAGCAAUGCGGCUACACCAGCACUGGCACUGCCAGCUGGCUCCACACUAACUGGAAGUCCUCCAACACUGGGCCAAAAACAGACCACACACUGGAGACAGUGAUGGGGUACUACAUGAUGGCAGACAGUGAUGUGGAGAUCCUACCACAGGGCAGUGUGGCCACCCUUACAUCCCCUGUGCGAGUAGGCGUGGCACAAACAGAGUGUGUUCACUUCUGGUACCACAUGGGGGGAGAGAAUCCUGGUUUGCUGACUGUGUACAUGAAGCCAGUGAAAGGAGAUAGGGUGAAGAUCUUCUCCAACAACCUGGACCAGGGAGAUGUCUGGCGCCAAGGCAAUGGCAACAUCAGCAGCACCAUCACAGACUGGCAGUUGGAGUUUGAGGUGCAGGGAGCGGGUGGCAAAGGCACUCAUGUCUCAGUUGAUGACGUAAUUUUCUCAAACCAUCCUUGUCAAACACUUGGUACUAAGUGUGACCUGGAGAUGGGAAUGUGUGACUGGACCAACACUCAGAACCCUGAGCUAGACCAGUUGGACUGGGAGCUGACCAGUGCUGAGGCAGAGACCCACUACCCCACCCCAUCCCAUGACCACACCCUUGGGACAGAGAGAGGUCACUUCCUGUUCCUCCCCAGUAGCACCAGGGACACAGCCAAAUACAAGGCCUGGUUGCUGAGUCCUCAUCUGCCCUCCACCAUGGGCACCUGCCUGCGCUUCUGGGUGUACAAACCAGUCUCCCAUGGUAGUCAUCUGAAGGUGUGGAGGCAGUCUGAAGGGAACCUGGAACAAAUGUUGAGUGUGGAAGAGGUGGGAGCAGUUUGGUCACGCUUCAAUGUUGACAUCACUUCUGCUGAAGAGUAUCAGAUUAUAUUUGAGGGUGUCAAAGGAUACGCUGGAGUCUUGGCCCUGGAUGACAUUGACUAUGACAUAGGAUUCAACUGUGCCGGUGAAGCAAAAGACCCACUAACAACCACACCAGAACCAGACAACGCAGGAGGUAUUGCUGCUUCCAUCAUCGUGGUACUGCUGCUGCUGGCCACUCUGGGAGUGUUGCUGUACUACUACCUGCGCACCCAGGACAAAACAAAGGCAAUGACUGGCGGAGCUGUGGAACAAUCAGCUUCGCCAUCCGCUAUCGAAGGCAUUGCCAAUGACAUGUAUGACCCACACCCCACACAGGGCCGAAUGACCGUGUCUCCAGUUCCGGCACAACCCAUGGCGGGGGACUUCACUAAUGAAGUAUGCGUCUCUGAUUCCUCAGUAUUAGUGAGGAAGGAGAUGGUGUAGAAGGGGAGACUCUGCUGCCUAGUGGCGGCUUUGUGAAAUGAAGGCGAUAUCACAGCAGAAGAACUGCUUGUGUCGUCUUGCACCUGACACACACACACACACACACACACACACACACACACACACACACACACACUGGAUAUCAGGAUAGCAUUGACUUGCUAACUUUGAGUGAAUGGCUAUAGCAUCCACUGCACACCUUCACAAACCCCACACACAAACACACUCACUCUCAUCCAUGUACCAUUGCAAUCAAUGAAGCAGCUGCAGAUUUGACUGACUGGGUCCUGAAGUCUGGGACUUCUGCUGGUGGACUGUCAGGAUAUUUGGAGGUCAAUGAGAUGAGAUGGCUCACUGUAUGCAGUUCUAGCUGCCAAAGCAUGAAAUUGCCCUUUCGGUCCUCAGAGAUAAGACAGACACUGCUCUGCUAUGGUAAUUCUACUAAUAAUGAGUUAGAUGAAGUAGAAAUGAAGAACACUGACAUAAAUGUCUGUCGCAGAAUCCUAUCUGUUGGCUACAGUGCUAAAUUGUACUUAUAGCUUAUUGAUAUGAGAGCCAUGCUAUAUAGCUGUUUAUAAACACUGUCAUAGAAGACAGCUGGUUCAACUUCAAGUAAGAGAGACAAAGACAGAGAGAGGGAUGUGAUGCCUUAUAUUAGAAUCUGUGAAAGAGAGGUGCCUUGUUGCAAUUUGCUUCCAAAUACAGUGCUGAUGUUCUGGGGCAAAUAAAAGACUAAAAGGGAAAUAUAAUGAUGAGCGUGUAUUUCCAAGCAAAAUGCUAUUGAAAUGUAGCUUAGUUGUAUGUUUUGUGAUGAUGAAUAGUACAAAUUAAAUCAGAAUGUCAUGCACCAUAUUGCUUCAGUUCAGUUUUACAAUAAAUAUCAUCAUUCAUUUGA